AUGACUUCUGUUGUCGUGGAUCUCAAUCCUUCGGCUGUGAAGAAUGUGUCACGCGAGUUGUAUGCUCUUGAGCGCGCACCACUCGAUGAUAUUCAAAUAAUUAUCAAUGAGACUAAUAUUGCAGACGUUCAAGCAUGGAUCCGUGGCCCAGAUGGCACACCGUAUGAGAACGGAUAUUUCAAAGUAAAAUUACUACUUACCAAGGAGUUUCCACAAGUAGCACCAAAAGGGCUAUUUGUCACAAAAAUGUUCCAUCCGAAUGUAGCUUCAAAUGGCGAAAUAUGUGUAAAUACUUUGAAAAAGGACUGGAAAUCUGAUUUGGGAAUAGGGCAUAUCCUACUGACAAUUAAAUGCCUGUUGAUCGCACCAAAUCCAGACUCAGCUUUGAAUGAAGAAGCUGGCAAAAUGCUGUUGGAAGCAUAUGAAGAUUAUGCGAAACGAGCUCGACUACACACAUCCAUACACGCACAAAGCGGCAAAUCAGAAUACUGGCGGCUAACAGAAUCCCGAAAAACUCAAAAGCCAACUUUACCGCAAAUCGAAUCAUCCUCAGUAAAACCGGCCGACAAGCCCGAAGGCAAGGCUACUGCAGAGACACCUUCCGAUGCGAAGGUACAGACAUCUUCAAAACCAGGGUCCAAUGUUUUGACGGCAUGCGCAAUCAACAACGUUGCCCAAAAAAGAUCGGCCGCGGACGCAAAUCUUGAAGCAAAACCUAGCUCGAAAGCCCAAAAAAUAUCGCCCACUAAUACUGCCAAAGUCGACAAGAAAAAGCGUAAUUUAAAAAGGCUUUAA